GGCGUGCAGAAAGAGGAGGCCGCCGAGGGGGAAGGGAGCGAGCGGCCCAGGAGCGGCGGCCCCGCGGAGCUCUGGAGGGGGCCUGCGGCGGAGCCCGGGGCUACCCCCGCCUCCCGGGAGGCGCCCGGCGUGCGAUCGGGAGCCGGAGCCCAGGCCCAGGCCCAGGCCCAGCCCAUGGUGUGGUGGCUCGCUUCUCCCAGUGCCUGGCAGAAUUUCGGGCGUGGUUAAGAACCAACUGGUUGAGGUUCAAUCCAGACAAGCCGGAAGUGAUGCUGCCUUCUGUUGAGUCUUCAAGCCCAGGAGGUUCAGCAACAUCAGAUGACCAUGAAUUUGAUCCAUCAGCUGACAUGCUGGUUCAUGAUUUUGAUGAUGAACGGACAUUAGAAGAAGAAGAAAUGAUGGAAGGAGAAACAAACUUCAGUUCUGAAAUAGAGGAUCUUGCGAGGGAAGGCGACAUGCCAAUUCACGAGCUCCUCAGCCUUUAUGGCUAUGACAGUGCUGUCCGGGUGCCUGAGGAAGAAGAGGAGGAAGAGGAGGAGGAGGAAGGGGAAGAUGACGAUGAUGUCGACAAUGAUGACAACAAAGAGAAUAUAAAGGACUCGUCAGGCCAGGAGGAUGAGACUCAGUCGUCCAAUGAUGACCCAAUGCAGUCUGUGGCUUCUCAGGAUGCCCAGGAAAUAAUCCGCCCACGUCGAUGUAAAUACUUUGAUACAAACAGCGAAAUAGAAGAAGAAUCAGAAGAAGAUGAAGACUAUGUUCCAUCAGAAGACUGGAAAAAGGAAAUUAUGGUGGGUUCCGUAUUUCAAGCCGAAAUUCCAGUUGGCAUUUGUAAAUACAAGGAGAACGAAAAAGUAUAUGAAAAUGACGACCAGCUUCUGUGGAACCCUGAUUACUUGUUGGAAGAUAAAGUGAUUGAAUUUCUUAAUGAAGCAUCCAGACGAACAGGAGAUGAGAAAGGGGUAGAAGCAAUUCCUGAAGGCUGUCACAUAAAAGACAACGAACAGGCCCUCUAUGAGUUGGUGAAAUGCAAUUUUGAUACUGAAGAAGCCCUCAGAAGGUUAAGGUUCAACGUGAAAGCAGCGAGAGAAGAGCUGUCUGUUUGGACAGAGGAAGAAUGCAGGAAUUUUGAGCAAGGCCUGAAAGCGUAUGGGAAGGAUUUUCAUUUAAUUCAGGCCAACAAGGUGCGAACGAGGUCCGUUGGGGAGUGUGUUGCAUUUUACUACAUGUGGAAAAAAUCCGAACGUUAUGAUUUCUUUGCUCAGCAAACACGGUUUGGAAAAAAGAAGUACAACCUUCAUCCUGGUGUGACGGAUUACAUGGACCGGCUCUUAGAUGAAAGUGAAAGUGCCACCUCCAGCCGGGCCCCCUCCCCGCCCCCAACAGCCUCCAACAGCAGCACCAGCCAGUCCGAGAAGGAGGACGGCAGCAGCAACAACAAUCAGAAUGGCAUAUCCUCCAAUGGUCCCGGGGAAGUCCCAAGCAAGGAUGAAGUCAAAGUUGAAGGCUUGCACAUGAACGGGCCCACUGGUGGGAAUAAGAAGCCCAUCCAUGCAGACGCCGACACCAAUGGAUAUGACGCUGAGAACCUGACCGGUGACCUCAAACUCGCUCACGGAGCCACCAAGAAUGAAAAUUGUUUUGAUGAUAAAAAUGAGAGACCUGCCAAGAGGCGGAGGGUGAGCAGCAAUGGUAGAGAAAGCCCAGGCUCCUCGGAGUUUUUCCAGGAAGCAAUCUCACACGGGAAGUUUGAAGAACUGGAAAAUUUAGAUGACUAAGUGUGAGGCUGGUUUUUAUUUUUUGGAGUAAUUUCUGGUGCGACUAAAAUUUUCAGGGUUGAUGGGUUACCUUAAGUUGAUUUCCUUGAAGCACUCAGUUGAAAUCUGACAUUUUAAAUUGGAUUUUAAUUUUAGAUGACAGUUUGUAUUUCUGCCUUUAGCAGAAUUUUUUACUUCAACUAUUUUAAAGACCCUUUUAAAUAUUGAGAACUCCUAUGGUCAGUGAAGGUUGUACAUUCAUCUUUAACAACAGAGAAUCCUAUUACAGAAUUUUAGAGGCAUAUUUUAAUACCAAACCCUGUUAUUCUAAGUUUGUGGUCUGGGGGGAGGGGGGAGAUAUGUGGGAAGUGGGGAAGGUUGGUUUGUAUUUAAUUUGAAAAAUCUUCUGCUUAACACCAGCUUUUCUGCUGUUUUUUUUUUUCUCAAUGUCUAGUAGACCAGAAAAUAGGCAUUACCAUUUUUCUCUCCAUACAAAUUGGGUGUCAUAUUAUUGAGGAAACCCUUAUGAAUCCUGAAAGUUAUGCUAGCAUGAUUUUUUUAUAUAUAGAAGUUAAAAAAUAAACCAAGUCAGGUUUGUGUAUGUACAAUUGUUGACAUCAGUGAUGUCUUUCAUAUUCUUAUCUGGGCUUAAGAAAUACAUGCUGUAUUUUUCCAGAUUCUUUGUAGCCUUUGGAAGAUUUUUACAGAACUUAUGUCUUGAUUGAGCUGUCCUUUCUUAAUACAAAAGCUUGUAUAAUUUUCUUAACUUGUACAGUUGGUAAACUUUUAUGAGAAGAGUUGAUAUUCUGAGUCUGUCAGCUUCAUUUUAUUUUGCUAAAGUCUUUUUCUAAUGAAUUUUUAAGUGUUUGUGUAGUAUCCCAGUCAUCUUUUCUUAUGCAGAUGGUUAAAGUAUUCAUAGAGAAUUAUGAGAAUCUGAUUUUUCCAAUUUCUACUUUAGGACAGAUCGUGAGUUUCGAGAAUUCUGAAGUGAUGCAUGAUGCUUGUAUUGCACAGACUUUUACAUGUGUUAUGUUUUCAGUUUGAUGUUUGCAGCGAUAAGAGCGUCAUGUCAGCUUAAGUGCUUACCUUUAACGCAAACGUGUUGGCCAGAGUCCUGCUCAGUUAUUUUUAUAGACAUAUCAGAAGGAGCCCAUUUUUGCAUUUAGAUGAGCAUGGAGAGAAUGAGAACAGGUGGUUCUGUUUGUGGGAGUGAAAGGACAGUGACUGCUCCGGUCAUUGGCAGAAGCGUGAAUCUCUUGUGGGCAGGUCGUCUCAAGUGUCAUUGAUUUUAUGCAGGAAAAUAAUAGUUAGAGGCGGUAUCAGAACUUCCCAAACAAUUCUGCCAUUUUCGGUUUGGGAGGAGUUUUUCUGAAACUGAAAUCCAGAGGCUUUAUUGUACAGAGUGAUCUAGAAAAGAGAAACCGUUUCCCUGGACAUGCAGGACUGUCUGGUUGUGGAGUCUUGUGGAAAGGACAGGCGGGUCUGUCUGUUUUGCCGGUGGGAUUCUUGCAGAGAAUUGUCUUGGGCAGCGUGUGGGCCACCUAGACACUCCCAUGGGAACAUUUAUUUAGAAGGAAUGUUGCUAAGUAUCACACAGCUGUACACAUCCUAAACCCCUCCUCUCUUUUUCUCUGUGGGGACUGGCAGUUGGCAGCUCAGGAGGCAGUCCUGAUGGAUGACCUCACGAAGUGCUUGGUGGUCCUUUGACUAGCCGGGCUGGGCUAGGCGGUCUGCCCAGAGGGGCACGCUGCCAGCUGUAGCCCACGAGGAGCUCCGGGCCCCCUAAUCACAGCUGCUUCCCUCACCAGGAUGAACAACAUUGUAUUUUUCUCCCUGCCCUAGAUCAGUGUUAAAAGCCAGUUGAGAACAUUUGAAUUUCCUGUGAUUUACCCAGAGUCUGAAUGGUUGUGUGUGUGGAGGUUGGUGACCUCAUGUUGCCAUUCCUUGGGAAUGGCAGGAAUUUUUGCAGAGGGGUCCCAAUCUGUAUUCUUCGUGAAGGCCAAAGCGUCCCAGCUUCUUAUCAAAGAUGCUUCAGAGAAGGGUUCCAAGUGAAAGGUGGUGCUCGGUGGCAGAGAUCCAGGGUCACUUUUUUUUUUUUUUUAAGAAAAAAAAAUGCAUCUUUUUUUUAAAGUUUGUAAACUGCAAACUGAUUUUAAUAGGCAAAUCUAGAAGUCAGCUGUUCUCAGUCCUCUUUGCAGAGAGGGCGGCCAGUCAUGCCCAUGUUCAGAAGCGUUGCCUUUUUACUCUCCCGGUUUGAAGGUGUCCCGAGAGGACGACAUUCCACGGUGGGCUCUGAUGUGGGAGGCUCAGCUUUUCCUGAAGGACUGAAUUGUAUUUUCCUGUUUGUGUGUGUACAGGUAUUUUACAUGAUAUUUUUUUCUUACUCUUCAGCAUACAGCCACUAUAACUUGAGAGGUCAUUGCACUAUUAGUACUUUAAGAUUUUUAGUCAUGUCAUGGAUUUCAUUUACCUAAAUAGAAUUCACUCUGAUCCAGAACCAGUCGCACCUUGGUGUGGUGCACGGUGUCCGGGCAAAAACAGUCAGGAAAUGAUGUUCUCUUCUAUGGAGUUCUUUCAGAUGUUUGCAAAAUCAGAAAUUCAGUUCAACAGAAGUCUUUGGUUGAGCUUCAAAACCGAUUUGAAGGGAUGUCUUAAAAGACUAGACAUUCGAGAAUGAUGGAUUCGAUUUUUUAAAAUUCCUGCAUAGUAAUUUUGCACUGUAAGUAAUUUCCAGUUCUCUCCCCAAUCCCUGUCUGAAAUUCUGAAAAAGCUUAUUAAAAUAUUUUUUUAAACAUA